UUACUGAGUUCGGCAAAAAGAUGCAGGACCAAAUUACAGCAAGCAAAAAAGGAAGUAAGCUCUAUAUAAAGAACCUGCUCAUGCACCCCCUCGAUGUUCCUUCCACACACAGAAGAAGCACCAAAAAUGGGUUCACUAACUUCCGACGAUCCCAUACACGUCGUCCUCUUCCCCUUCAUGUCCAAAGGCCACGCCAUCCCCAUCCUCCACCUCGCCCGGCUCCUCCUCCUCCGCCGCCUCGCCGCCGCAGUCACUGUCUUCACCACUCCCUCCAACCUCCCCUUCGUCUCCCGCCACCUCGCUGGCACCCUCGCCUCUGCCGUCUCCCUCCCCUUCCCAGGCGAUAUCCCGGGCCUCCCCACCGGCGUUGAGAGCACCGACGCGCUCCCUUCCAUGUCCCUCUUCCCCGCCUUUGCCACCGGCACGGUGCUCAUGCAGCCGAGCCUCGAGGCAGAGCUCCAGAGGCUGCACCCGCGGCCCACCUUCAUGGUGUCGGACGGGUUCCUGUGGUGGACCCUCGAUUCGGCCUCCAAGUUCGGCAUCCCUCGCCUGGUCUUUUAUGGCAUGAGCAACUACAGCAUGGCACUUUCCCGGGCCGCCGGCGUCGAGAACCACCUCCGUGGGCCCACGGCGGAGGACGAGCCCUUCACCCUGAACGCUUUCCCGUGGAUCAAGCUCACCAAGAACGACUUCGAGCGCUACUUCUUCCAGUCGUUGACGGAGGAUAACCCCCAGUUGGAGUUCAUCAUGAAGGCCAUGGUCGCGACGCAGAAGAGCAAUGGCCUGGUCGUCAACAGCUUCCAAGAGCUCGAGCCUACCUUCCUUGACUACUGGAAUCGUGAGAGCGGGCUGAGGGCUUGGUGCAUCGGGCCGCUGCUCCCGCUUGAGCAUCCGGUGGUGGGUGGCCCUCCCCUGCGGACCCCAUGGGCGGAAUGGUUGGACCGGAAGCGAGCUGGGGGCGAGCGCGUCCUGUACGCGGCUUUCGGGUCGCAGGCGGAGAUCCCGGCGGCGCAGCUGCAAGAGAUUGCGCUUGGGUUGGAGAGCUCCGGGGCGAGCUUCUUGUGGGUGAUCAAGAGGAAAGAGUCGGACAUCAUGGCCGACAUCGACAGCGGGUUCGAAGACAGGGUCAGCGGGAGAGGGAUGGUGGUGCGAGAGUGGGUCGAUCAGCGAGGCAUCCUCAUUCACGGGAGCGUCCAGGGUUUCCUGAGCCACUGCGGGUGGAACUCGGUGCUGGAGAGCCUGUGCGCCGGGGUGCCGAUCCUGGCGUGGCCGAUGAUGGCGGAGCAACCGCUGAACGCCAGGAUGGUCGCGGAGGAGAUGGGGGCGGGGCUGAGGGUGGAGGCGGCGGAUGGGACGGUGAGGGGUUCGUGAGGGGGAAGGGCUGGCGGAAGCCGUGAGGGAGCUGAUGGAGGGGGAGAGGGGGAGGCGGCGAGGAAGAAGGCGAAGGAGGUGGCGGAGACGGCGAGGAAGGCGGUGGAGGAGGGCGGCUCGUCGUGGACGGCGUUGGGCACCCUGGUGGAGGAGAUUUCCAGGCAGAGGAAGGACCACGCGGCCUGAGGUCACGAAGGUCGGGACAGAGAACUAUAAAAAAUAGUCUUGAUAUAUUUCAGAAAGAAAAGUCCAAAGUCGGUCCACUUUAUUGUUUUGACAUAGACUUAGAUCAGUUUUCAUAUCUAUCAAAUCAGCCAUUGUAUGAUCAAUCACUUUCAUGCAUCUUUUGAACCUACCACUUACGUGUACGGUCGAUACUAUUUUCUGGUUUUUAUAUAAAUUAACUAUUCAUAUUGAGAUAGAUAUGGACCUUUUUCAAUACGAGGUCGGCGAUUUAAAAAUAUAACUGCACAAACAAUACAGACAUUUGUAGGUUUGCCAUUCUUGUAUCAUUAACGAGCACCAGAAUUGAAGACUCCAGUUAUGUCCAGGGAAUUUACAGGUGCCUGGGGGAACAAAAUGGCAGCAGCGAAAAUGAAAAAAAAAGAGCAGCCAAAGGGGAAGCCUAAACUCGGAAUAGCAUUCAAGGACGUGCUUCUCAAGGGACCUGGUUGUCCGAAGGUUCCAAUUAAAAAAGUAUAUACAGCCACAAACAACCUACACGAGUCCAAUUUCAUAGGUCGAGGAAUUGCUGGAAGGGUGUACAAGGGUAUAAUGCCAAACAACCAGCAUGUUGCUAUAAAGCAUAUCAUUUAGCGAUGUGAACGUGGAAACUGUUGUGAGAGAGGUCACAAGCUUAUUGCAUGUUCAGCAUCCAAAUCUGGUUUCGCUGCUGGGCUGCUGUGUCAAUGAAGAUGAGUGUUUUCUUGUCUAUGAGCUCUGUUCAAAUGGAAACCUUUCCGAGUGGCUUUUUGGAAAGGACAGGGUUCUCUCCUGGAUCCAGAGGCUUGAAAUUGCCAUUGAUAGCACAAGAGGUCUUCUCUUUCUCCACGCAUAUCCAGAGGGAUGCAUUGUUCACUGCGAUAUCAAGCUGACGAACAUUCUCCUAGGACCGAAUUUUGAAGCCAAACUUUCAGAUUUUGGACUAUCUAAGGUCAUCGAUCUAGGUGAAGCUUAUGUCAGCUCAGAGGUGAGGGGGGCCUUUGGGUACCUCAAUCCCGAGUACCACAACAACCGCCAAGUGAAUUCAUCAAGUCAUGUUUACAGCUUUAAGAUAGUGUUGCUGCAAAUCCUCUCUGGGAAGAAAGUUAUCAACUUGAACUAGGAAAAGCCCAUGCCGUUGGAUAAAAUGGCAAAAGCCCUUAUUAGAGGUGGCGACAUCACAGACUUUGCGGACCCCAAGUUUAAGGGCGAAUAUUGUGCAGAAGCAUUUAAUAUUACACUUCAGCUGGCACUCUCAUGCACUGGACUGAAGCAACAAAGGCCAUCCAUGGAGCAACUUGCCGUAAAGUUGGUGGAAGCCCUAGAAAUAUCAACCAAAGCAAAAGCUUCUUCUCCUGAACUGACCCCUGAAUGGUUUUCAAGUUCAACAGAAUGAAUGAGAGAUCCUUACAUGUUUUGACUGUUUUCCGAAGAAUCAGCAGAUAACGUCUUUGUUAACUAGAUCCAAUAAGGGAUACACUUCAUCCAUUUGACUGACAUAUAUACAUCCUUGCAUAGAUUUUUAGGAUCAGAGUACAGGUUACCAAACUUUUUUAUAUCAAGAGUCUUUAGUUACUGAAACUAGUGUAUGCAAGAAUCCUACCAUCCUUCCUCUUUCCUUCGAUUAUGAAAAAUUGUAUUUGAUAAACUUGCCGUCUUUUAUACAAUGCUUAUUCUUUGCUCA